AUGAUAAAAAAAAAUUGUGGUUCAAUCAGAGUCUGCUCUCAAUACUGUCCAGUUUUAUAGUUGUUCCUAUUAAUUGAUUGACUGGCGUUUGUCCAUGACUCUACUGUCAAACCCCUAACAUUGUUGUAUUUGAUGCUGUGUUGUUGCAACCUAGUAUCCAAACUGAUAUGUCAUUUUUAGUUGGAAAAAAACAGUGUUUAUAAUUUGCAAUUCCUGACUUCUGUAGUGUUGUGGUUUCUUGCAGGUAACCUGCUGUUCCUGGCUGUGGUCAGCCAUUUUGGGGCGAAGCUGCACCGGCCCAGGCUCAUUGCUAUGGGCUGUUUCCUCAUGGCUGUAGGAUCCUUCCUCACAGGCCUGCCACACUUCUUCAUGGGACGGGCUAUCAGGAGAGCUACCCAGUCCCAGAGGGCCAUCGUGGCUUCAUCAGUGAUGCCAGACUUCUGCAGAUGCAGAGAGCUGAGAGAGAGACCAUGGAAGCAAAGCAAAGAAAGAUAAGUGCUAUCCAUGAGAAUUAUGUCCGGACUGCUCUCAUCGGGGUUGGCAGCACCUUCGCGCACCACUUCGUCCCCUCUAUUCAGUGCAUUCCGUGGCCGAAAGCUCCACCGAGGCCUUUGCCACGAAGGCUUGAGCACAUAGCUCUGGCCCCACUGAAGAACGUGGUGGGGGUGGACGGAGCCCAAGUUCGACCCGGAUCUCACUCUCUGGAGUCCAUCCAGGUAAAUAAGUCAUUCAGCAGCAGUAGCGUGUGGCCUGUUCCCGUCCCUCCCACUGGAGCUCCCUCCAAGAGGGGCAAGAAGAAGAAGGGCAGGCGGGGAGUCAAAGCCCUGAAAGUCCAGUCGGAUCAGGGCUGUGCUGACAACAACGGACCCAUUGACCUGAUGGAGGAGGUGAGGGACAUCGAGCCUCACCUGAAGGAGGAGGCCUGGAAGGUGGUACAUGAGGUGAAGGCCAUGGGCAGGAGAAGUUUGGGCUCGGCCAUGUCCAUGGGGGAAAUAGCCACCAGCUCUCUGGGAAGCCUGAGCUCAGUGGAUAUGAACACCCCUGCGGAGCUCCGUGACUACUUGGAUGUUGGGACCCCGGUCAAGUUGCGUGACAGCCCACCCAGGCCUGCUCCCCCUCCUACCAAGCCCAGGUGCAAACAGCCUCGGCCUAUAAGGUUCCUUAGCCUGCCAAAGGCUGCCACCGGCUCAGACAAUAAGGCAGCCAGUGAGCCAAAGGGCCAAAUAAAGAACCAGGCCAGAUUGCAGCCCCUGUCCAACCCAGAGCAGGCCCUGACUAAGACCUUCAAGCUGCUCCACUCUCCCUCUGAUGACUGGGAGAAGAAGAUCGAGGGCUUGACCUCUCUCCGUGUGAUGGCUCAGAACCACAUGGACAUACUGAUGCCUAAACUCCAUGAUAUCUGCCUUGCCAUUAUAAAUGAGGUGAAGAACCUGCGCUCUGCAGUGUCUUGUGCUGACAGUGAGGUGGAGGGGACGGCACGCGUGCUGCUGCACAAAGGCAGCGAGGCCAACGCCUUCAUCCGGCAGGGCGCCAACUUUGCCCUGGGUCACAUGGUGCAGAGCUGCACCCCUACACGUGUCAUGAAUGCCCUGCUGGUCGGUGGGCUGAGCCACCGUAACGCUGCGGUGAGGAGCUGCACUGCUCAGCACCUGGAGAGACUGGCUGAGGUCAUGGGGACGGCUUGUCUCCUGUCGGGGAAGAAAAACCUCACUGACCGUUUCUUGAUUGCCGUCAGUAAACUGGCUGUGGACCCUUCACAGGAAGUCAGGUUUUGCCUAUUGAUGGCAGCUGUGGGCAUACAAGCACAACAGACACCUUCUAUAAAUGACCUCAACGCUGAAUGCCUUGGUAACGUUAUUCGUUUGAGUGUCACUCCUCUUUUUGAAGAUGUUGACGCUGUCUUCAAUGACACACAAAUCAUAAACCUGACGCCUGGCCUUGCUACUCAGUGUGGAUUCAGCUUUAAAUUUGACCCCAUGGGGAAUGCCAUGUUUUUUGCUUCUCUUCAAAACUGCUUUUCCCAAAACAUGGAUGAUAAGAUGUUCAGCUUGGUCAUGCAGUUCAGGCUGCCAGGAAACCACAUGACUGAAGACCCUGUUUAUAGAGUUGGCAAAACCUGUAGCUACACCCCCUGGACCUCCCGAGAGAUUCUGUGCGACCGCAACUACAUGGAGGUGUCUGUCAGGACUCUUCCAGACAUCCAAACCAUCCCCAAACAGCCCACUGGGGGCCCGAAAGCAAGGAGCGACAACUUCCGGAGGGGAGCUGAGAGCCAUAUUCAGGAUGACCAGUACUUUGUCACUUACACCAUUGAGCCCAUGCUUGAGUUGCUGUGGAUCGAGGAGGUCGCACACGAGAACACCAGCUAUAAAGUCCUCUUCCCUAUCACAACACCUCCGAUGGCCAGGCCUCCACAAGUUCGCAACUACACGCCCUUAGACACAGUUCCUGAGCAGGCAGUGUUUGUGCUUGAGUUGGGGACCUUCAACCUUGAUGUGGAGCUGCUGAACAUCACCUUUCCCACCAUGGUGCUAACUGUUGCAGAGUGCAACGCCAGGGGCUUCAAUGUUCAAGAGCAGAGAUCCCCGGACAACACCUUGAAGACCUUCAGGAUGGAGGUGCCCUUCUCAGACCCGGUGGUCUUUAAGGAGAGAAGGGCGGAACAAGGUGUCACAACCUUCACUCUUCAGCUGAUCUACGGCCUGGUCAUCUUUCCAGAGUACGCUCCUUUCUCUCACUCUGCCGUUGUGGACGCUGUACUGCUGGACAUUGUGCCACCCUCAGUCACUGGCAACUGUGAUCAGGAGAACUUCCACAUCACUGUGGACUACAGGAACCAAGAGCCCUUUUUUGUGGUCUUGGUUGGCAAGCGGCUGCUUAACCAUGAGUUUGCUCAACAGUAUUUAACAGAGGGCGACACAGACUUCACCAUCACGUUGCCCUUCUCUUCGCCGGACGCAGUGUUUGAGUCGGUUCACUCGUCCUCUGUCAGGAGCAGACUGGAUGUGGCUCUGUUGAAUCCUUACAACAACAUGACCAUCAAAUACUUUUCCCUGGCUUGCAGCUUCCUCAAAACGCUGACUGAGUGUUUCUCUAACGGAACGAUGACUGCGCUGGCAGUGAAGGUGGAGUCUGCUCCCGGUCUGAACCCCGGUCAGCUGACCCUGAGCGACCCCGCCUGUGGUCCCACCUACAGUGACGAUCGCUUCGCCUACUUCCACUUCACUGUGAACUCCUGUGGCACCACCAGGAAGUUUAUCAACAAUGUCAUGCUGUAUGAGAACGAAAUCUCCUUGCCAGAUGAACUUGAGGUGAAGCUGAAUGCCACGACGUCUUCAGAGGAGGAAUAUCAGUUAAAGGUUUCCUGCUACUAUGUGGCCAACAUCACUCGCACAUUGGCCUUUCUGACCAGGCCGCGUGACAACGAGCCUUUUGCCGAGACUGGGACUGGUCGACUAAUGGUCAGAAUGAGACUCGCUCAGGACGCCUCGUAUAACACGUUCCACCAGGAGGAGGACUAUCCAGUGGUGAGGUACCUUAGACAGCCUCUGCACUUUGAGGUGGAGCUGACCACGUCCUCUGAUCCCAAGGUAGCGCUGGUGCUUGACCACUGCUGGGCCACCCUCAACGAGGACCGUGACUCCCGACCCCGGUGGAAUCUCAUCAUUAAUGGCUGUGAGAACCCCGAGGAUCCAUACCGUGUGGUCUUCCACCCGGUAGAAGCUGACGCCAGGGUCCACUUCCCCUCUCACGUCAAACGCUUUGAGGCCUAUAUGUUUUCCUUCGCCGAUGAUGCGGUUGAGCCGAGUGGCCAGGUCUUUGUCCAUUGUGAUGUGGUCAUCUGUGAUGCCAGUAGUCCCACUGGCGGCCCCUGUAGUGGACAAUGUGUGAAUCAGGACAACCUGAAAAGAGGUCAACGACAUGUCAAAGACCUCUUUGAGGAGCGUCAUGUAUAUGUUUCUUCUGGAUACAUUCUUUGGGUGUAAUGUAUUGUUCUAACAUGACAAAUAAAGUGUUCUAUAUAAAACAAUCCUAA